AUGCCUGAGGACUUCAGAGCCUCCCCUGACAAGGAGUGCCGUAUUGGGGGCUACGUGCUGCUCAGCACAAUAGGCAAAGGGUCCUUUGCUAAAGUCAUGCUGGCGCGCCACAUCGUGACAGGUGCUGAGGUGGCAGUAAAAAUUACCAACAGGCAGGGCUCCUCUCUGGCUUAUCGAGAAUGCCAAAGCUUGAAAAAGUUGAACCACCCAAAUGUCAUCAAACUGUUUGAAGUAAUUGCCACGCAAGAUCAUUAUUAUUUUUUCAUGGAGCACCUGAGCGGUGGUGAGUUACAGGAUUAUCUGGAAAAGUAUGGUGCCCGGACAGAAGAGGAGGCCCGCACACUCUUCAGACAACUCCUGUCGGCCCUGCACUAUUGUCACCAAAAGGGGGUCGUACACAGAGAUCUGAAGCCCGAGAACAUCCUCCUAGAUGCUGACCACAACAUCAAGUUAGCUGAUUUUGGCCUCAGCAAGGAGUUUUCAAAGAGCAAGCUGACCUCAUUCUGUGGCACCGUGACCCACAUAGCCCCGGAGAUCCUGAGCAACCGGCCCUAUGACGGCCCGAAGGCCGACAUCUGGAGCCUGGGCGUCAUCCUUUACAACAUCGUGACGGGCAGGCUCCCCUUCGACGGAGACAACUUUGGGGAAGUGAAGAAACGGGUGUUGAGGGGGCACUUCCUGCUACCACGUUUCGUCUCCGAGGAGUGCCAAAACCUGCUCAGGAGUAUCAUGACCCUUGACCCCACUGAGAGGCCAACUCUGGAGGAUAUUAUCAAGGACCCCUGGGUCAACAAAGGCAGCAAGGAGGGAGUGAAGCUGCACUGUGAGCCACCUAGCGGUGAUAUCGACCAUCAGAUCACCGAAAAAAUGAAACAUCUGGGGUACGACCAGGAGGAGAUCAGGGAGUCGAGACAACAUCAUUCCAAAACCCCAGAGCUUCAGGCAGUGGGACAGAAAAGGAACAGGCCGGCCAGUCGACCCACCAAUGUGGCAGCGAAGGUGGCCGUCCCUGCCACCAGCGUGGCACCAAGGGAGACUGUCCCCAGCACAAGAGUGGAAGUGAAGCUGGCUGUUCCAUCUGCCAGCUCACAAGUGGAGGUGGCCAUCCAAUCCAUCAGUGUAAACACAGAGCUGGCUGUUCCAUCUGCCACCUCAGAACCACAGGUGGUCACUGAACCCACCAGUGUACACACGGAGCUGGCUGUUUCAUCUGCCAGCACAGAACCGGAGGUUCUCACUGAAUCCACCAGUGUACACACGGAGCUGGCUGUUUCAUCUGCCAGCACAGAACCGGAGGUUGUCACUGAAUCCACCAGUGUACACACGGAGCUGGCUGUUCCAUCUGCCAGCACAGAACCGGAGGUUGUGAUUAAAUACACCAGUGUACACACGGAGCUGGCUGUUCCAUCUGCCAGCUCAGAACCGGAGGUGGUGAUUGAAUACACCAGUGUACACAUGGAGCUGGCUGUUCCAUCUGCCAGCUCAGAACCGGAGGUGGACAUCACAACCACCAGCCUGGAAUCGGGGGAGGAUGUCUCCACCACCGGUGGAGAAGGGAAGGGGGCCAUAAAAGAACAAAGUGGCCAAUCAAGGACACUCUCCUGCCCUGGGUCUAGGGCUGCCACUCCCAGGCCUGCCUUGCAUCACAGUUCUUUGGGGUCCUUCACCACUGCCACCUCAGCCCUCCACAAUGGCUCUUCAGGCUCCCUCACCACCCCAGGCAGCAGAGAGAGCACCACCAGGAGCACCAAAAACACCAGGAGCACCAACAGCAGCCAAAGCUCUUCCUCCCACCAUGGCAAGGGCCGGCAGCAGGGACCUAGAAGGACAACUGCCACCUCGGCACUCCAAAAUGGCUCUUUGGGCUCCCUCACCACCUUCAGCCUGACCUUCUGGUAUGGCCCUUCUGGCUACCUGACCACCACCAGCCUGGCCUUCCAGAACGGAUCUUCAGGUUCCCUCACCACUCCUAGAAGAGCACUCCUCAAUGCCUCUUGGGGCUCCGUCACCGACCCAAAUGAGCCCUCCAGCUGCUCUUCGGGCUCCCUCACCACUCCUAGCUUGGCCUUCCAGAAUGGCUCUUCAGGCUCCCUGACCACCAACCCUCAGCCUGACCCUCUGGGAUGGCCCUUCUGGUUCCUUGACUACAACCAGCUUGGCCCUCCAGAAUGGCUCUUCUCCCUCCCUCGCCACACUCAGGUGAGCACUCCAGAAGAGCCCAUUGGACUCCCUUUCACCCCUAGGUGA